ACUGAUGUACCGAGUGAAUGCCAAAUACACAUCACGGGGGUUCCCAGAUGUUGCGUGUUGCACGCGUUUUUACGAACAAGUGUUGUUGAGGAUUCCGGUCCAUUGAAAACAUUGAAAGGGUGAAUGGGAGGCGUGCUGGCAUUAUAAAAAGCUAGAAAAAUCCGUAGAAAGCUCUAUAUAGAUUUCCCAUUACAUGAGAGAGAGAGAGAGAGAGAGAGAGAGAGAGAGAGUCUUGAUAUGGGGAAGGAGAAAGGAGUAAAGCUGCAUGGAAUGUGGGCGAGCUCAUUUUGCAUGAGGGUGGAACUGGCCCUUAAGCUCAAGGGCAUACCCUACGAAUACGUGGAAGAAGAUCUGUCUAACAAAAGCCACUUGCUCCUCCGCUACAACCCCAUCCAUAAGAAGGUCCCUGUCCUCGUCCAUGAUGGACGGCCCAUCUCCGAGUCUCUUCUCAUCCUCGAAUAUAUAGAUGACACGUGGAAGGACUCACCCUCACUGAUGCCACUGGACCCUUACAUGCGUGCCAGGGUCCGCUUCUGGGCCAACUUCUAUGAUCAAAAGCUUGUGGAAAACUGCCGUGUUAUUUGGAAAUGCAAGGGUGAAGAACAAACGCAGGCAAUCAAAGAUUUCAUACAAAAUCUAAGGGUGCUCGAAGAAGGGAUUCAAAAGGAUUUCUCAGGUGAAAAACCAUUUUUCAACGGAAAAUGCCCUGGCUACCUUGAUGUUGCUCUUGGAGCGGUUUGGUGCUGGAACAGUGUGCUUGAAGAAAUAACUGGGGUGAAGUUGAUUGACAGUGAAAAGAACCCUUUCAUGUCUGCGUGGAUUGAUGCUUUCUGCAACCUCGGCAUUGUCAAGGACACAUUGCCAUCGCUUGAUGAAUUGGUUGUGCUAGCAACGGACCUGAGGAACUUAGCCCUUGAGUCUUCUGUAGCUUGACUAUAUAGACAUGGGUCCAUAUGUUCUUUGGCCGCCGAGUUUGGAUGCACAGGUCAAUUGAAUUAUGAAUAUUUAGCUUAAUAAAGCGGUGAUUCAAAAUAUAUGUGCGCAAUAUGUAAGGUUGUUUUCUGGCA